UCCGGAGAUUCCGAGGCGCGAAUCUGCGGCGUCCGGAAACGGGGGGGGGUAGGCCGCAGGCAUCUACCGGGGGGGGCGCGCGCAGCCUGGAGACGACGGCCACGUCGGAGCCAAAAGCGAAAUGGGUCUGUGGUUUUCCACUUUGUUUUCUGGCUUGUUUGGGACGCGGGAAAUGAGAAUAUUAAUCCUGGGUCUGGAUGGAGCAGGCAAGACCACAAUCCUCUACAAACUACAAGUUGGUGAAGUUGUCACCACCAUUCCCACAAUUGGUUUCAAUGUUGAAACAGUAACCUACAAGAACCUUAAGUUUCAAGUGUGGGAUUUGGGUGGACAGACCAGUAUUCGGCCUUACUGGCGUUGUUAUUACUCCAACACAGAUGCUGUCAUCUAUGUAGUAGACAGUUGUGACCGGGACAGAAUGGGAAUCUCCAAGUCUGAACUUGUUGCCAUGUUGGAGGAGGAGGAACUGAAGAAGGCUGUUUUAGUUGUUUUUGCAAAUAAGCAGGAUAUGGAGCAGGCUAUGACUCCCACAGAUGUGGCCAAUUCACUUGGUUUGCCAGCAAUGAAGGAUCGGAAGUGGCAGAUAUUCAAGACAUCUGCAACCAAAGGUUAUGGACUGGACGAGGCAAUGGACUGGUUGGUUGAAGCCUUGAAGUGUAGACAGUAAAACAGCUGACUUUCUCUCUACCGCAAGAGAUGCAACAGCUACAGCCAUGGUUCCCGGCACCUCCUGAGGUCUUAUUAUACAAGAGACACUUGUUCUACAGCAUGCUCCAUUUACUCCAGUUUUUUUUUUUUGUUUUGUUUUUGCAUUCUCUCUCUCUUUAUUUAUGUGGGUGUUUUUGUUUUUGGCAAUAAAUGAACACUUUCAAUUAAGAGACUAGUUAAACAGUUAAGGUUCACUGCAUCAGGAAAGUGAAGUUAUCUUUUAGUUGCUUCCAUUUAACUUUGAUUAUACAAACACUAAAACAUUCCUUUCUUCACAUGGAGUCAUAUUCUUGGGUGUGAGUUUAUGCUUUGGCUGAGUAAUGCCUUUAAGGUUUCUGAAUCCAGCUUUAAAGCUUUUAUAUUAAAGUGGGCUGUUAGAUUCUUGGCUUUUGAGCUGAUUGUAUUUAAAGUUGAUUUUAAAAUGGGGUAAGAAAUUCUAUGUUUCCUUUUUAAACCAGUGGUUUGAGUUCAUUCUGUAAAUACUUUGUCUUUGUACAAACUCACUGAUUCACUCACUGGUCAUUCUAUUCAGGAACUUGUGGAAAAGUUUAAGAACUGAAUUCUGGGAAGUAGGAUGAAAAAAGAAACAUGGCUGAGUAUGGAAAGAAGCCAUUCAGCCCAUUAUUGCCUAUGCUGGCUCUUUCGGACAUGGCCAAGAGAUGGGUGGCAUACACUAAUAUUGGUGAACUGGUAACCCAGAGACUAGGAUUCAGUCCCAUUUAUGGCAACUGCUGGAAUUUACACUUUAAUUCUGAGAUAAAAAGCUAGUCUUGUAAAGCUUACUGUGAAGCUAUCAUUGUUACAAAACCCUGCCUGGUUCACAGAAGGAAAUCUACCAUCCUUGCAUGGUCUGGCCAAUAUUGCUGUGGGUCUGGAGUUAGUGUUUGACUCUUCACUGUCUUUGAAAUGGCCUGGGCAAGUCACUUCCUUUUUUUUUUUGAGCAAUUGGUGAUGGACAACAAAUGAUGGCCUUGUCACACCCCAUGGAAAAUUAACCACCACACCCCCACCCCAGCGCUCUCUCUAUGGCCCUGCACACUUCCCAAUUUGUCAACUACUGACUUGAAGUUCCAAGUUUGUUUCUGUGCUUGGGUAAGAUGUAGUACAGAACCCUUUUUGAUUCAAUGUCAAGAUUAAAAAUUAUUCACCACAUCUAGCCUACAUUGGGAAGGGUUUAGAUUUUUCUCUCUCUCUCUCUCGUUAAUUCCUGGCUUUUGAUUUUUGGGGACUCCCCCACAUUCCUAAGUUGUUUUUUUUUUGAAAGGACUUUCUUAUGAACAUAUGAAUUAGGAGCAGGAGUAGGUCUCUCACUCCUUGGGACUGUUCCUCCAUUCAAGUAAGAUCAUGGCUGAUUUGAUAAUUCUGCGUUCCCACCUCCCUCUGAUAACCUUUCACUCCACCCCUGCUUACCAAGAAUCUCUCUACUGUCUUCAGAAUAUCAAAAGACUGCUUUUACUAGCUGUGAGGAAGAGUUCCAAGGGUGCUUAACCACCUCUGACCUUGCUCUGAGGAAAGGUUGAGCAGGUUAGGUCCGUACCUAUUAUAGCUCAGAAGAAUGAGGUGAUCUUACUGAAAGAAACUUCCUGAAGACUUGGGGGUGGGGGUAUACCCCAGAGGCUAUUUCCACUUGUGCAAGAGACUAAAGGUGGGGAGGGGGUGGUUUCCAAGUUUAAGAAAAUGAGGUCUACCUUUAAGGCAGGUGUAAAUGUUUGCUGUUGUAAAGAUUGCUACCCUGUGCCAUUCUCUUCCUCCAGUGGAAUGUGGGUCUUUAAGUUUAUUCAAAACUGAGUUAGAGAUUUUUGUUGUCAUGGGUUCUGGGAGUGGAUAGAUAGGAAAGUGGAGUUGCAAUCACAACCCAGAUCAGCAAUGAUUGUAUGGAAUGGUGGAACAGGCUCAAAGGGCUGAACCACCUACUCCUCCCAAGAUCUAAUGGCUAUAACCAAAGUAUCCUGUUGUUUAAUUACUGAAAAGAAACUAAUUCCUGAGCUGAAACACCUUAUUCAUCUAUGGCUUUGGUACCUUUCACAAGCUUUUUCGUUUCACUUUUGGCUACAGCUUGAAAGAAAAGGAUUUUUUUUUUUAAAAGGAGUUAGAAUGAAGGGGAUCAUCCUUAGAUCCUGCUUGUAAAGGGACUUUUUUUUUAUAGUUACAGCAACACCAGUCUCAUACCUACAAAUGGAAUAAGAGUGAUAGGAUGCUGACAGUUAACACUUUGAUCACCCCAAGCUGAUGCAGGAACUCACUGUCUUAAUGUUGGCUCCUCUCCAACAUUGCUUCCAUUUUAAAAUUUGCCUCCUUGUUUUUAAAUCUCUCCCAGUAACCCAUUUAUAUAUAACUUUUCUUCCACAACCUUCUGUGAUCUCUGUGCUCUGCUGCUUUGUACACAACCAGCUCUACCAUUUGGUCACCAUAACAUCAGCUGCUUGGGCCUCAUUCUGGAAAUCCCUCUCUGAAAUCUCCUGGCCAUUCUCCUUCCACAGUUCUGAAACCCACAACUGGGCCAAUGGUUUGCUGUGUUGUAGGAGCUGAAUAGAGAAAUGGUUAUUAAAAACAUCACAAUUUUCUAACCUUUUUAAAUUAUUCCAUCACUGUCCAUCAACCUCUUUUUCAAUUCUUCAAUUUUACUUUUAAAAAUGAAUUAAAACUAUUUCUGAUACUGGUGAGAGCUACCAUGUGUAAGUGUGUUGUCUGUGACCUGUGUAAAUAACUGUGGGUUCUGGUUUCCCCUGACUGUGUACCUUCUUUCAAAAAAUCAUUUUGUUGUUUUCUUUUGGUUUAAGUGAUUAUAAUAAAAGCUGAUUUUUUU